GGGACCGCGCAGCGGUUGGCGGUGGGCGGCGCAUCCUGGCGGGCGAGGGGUCCGGCGCAGGCCCAGCAGUCCCCAGUUGGAGAGCGUCCACUUCUCAGUCACACCCGUUGCCAAGUGGAGUCAUGAGCCUCCAGCUGCGUGGUCAGGCCUGGUAGCACACCGUGGUGCUGGCAUAAUCUGGUCCCACAGUGACCACUGCAACCCCAGCCACCACCAUGAUGAAGCUGUUAGUGGCCAAAAUCCUUUGCAUGGUGGGCGUGUUCUUCUUCAUGCUGCUGGGCUCCCUGCUCCCCGUGAAGGUCAUCGAGACAGACUUUGAGAAGGCCCAUCGCUCAAAAAAGAUCCUUUCCCUCUGCAACACCUUCGGAGGCGGAGUCUUUCUGGCCACAUGCUUCAAUGCACUGCUGCCUGCUGUGCGGGAAAAGCUGCAGAAGGUGCUGAGCCUCGGGCACAUCAGCACCGACUACCCACUGGCCGAGACCCUGGUGCUGCUGGGCUUCUUCCUGACCCUCCUCGUGGAGCAGCUGCUGCUGACCUUCCGCAAGGAGCAGCCGUCCUUCAUCGACCUGGAGACCUUCAACGCCGGCUCCGACGCGGGCAGCGACUCGGAGUACGAGAGCCCCUUCCUGGGCAGCGCGCGCGGCCACGCCCACAGCGCCGGCCUGAGCGUGCGCGAGCUGCCGCGCUCCGGGCCCUUGCGCCUGCUCAGCUUAGCCUUCGCGCUGGCCGCCCACUCCGUCUUUGAGGGCCUGGCCCUCGGCCUGCAGGAGGAGGGGGAGAAGGUGGUGAGCCUGUUCCUGGGAGUAGCAGUCCAUGAGACGCUGGUGGCAGUGGCCCUGGGCAUCAGCAUGGCCAGGAGUGCCAUGCCCCUGAGGGACGCGGCCAAGCUGGCAGUCGCCGUGAGCAUCAUGAUCCCACUGGGCAUCAGUAUUGGCCUGGGCAUCGAGAGCGCUCGGGGUGUGCCCAGCAGCGUGGCGUCGGUGCUGCUGCAGGGCCUGGCAGGUGGCACCUUCCUCUUCGUCACCUUCUUGGAGAUCCUGGCCAGGGAGCUGGAGGACAGGAGUGACCGCCUGCUCAAGGUCCUCUUCCUGGUGCUGGGCUACGCCGUCCUGGCUGGGAUGGUCUUCCUCAAGUGGUGAGUGUCCUCCUCUUUGCUGCCCGCGAGCCCUGGAGCCCGGGCUGGACAUGGGCCGGACAUGGGCCGCGUGCCCUGCCCGCUUGCUGAGGAGGGAACACGGUGAGUCUGGGCCGAGGCCUUCACACGGGAGGCCUCCGUGAGCCCGGCCCUGCGCCCCUGCCUCGGAGCACUGAUACUCUUUAAAACACUCUGAAGUAUCUACCAAAGCUGUGUGGCCGUGUCAGCUGGGAGCACAGGAUCCUAACUCGCAGGAGGUGGGGCCAGGGCGUGCGGGGGAGCUCAGUCCCCUCCCACCACACCCCAGCCGCAGGGGUGAGUGCAGGGCAGCACCCCGUGUCCCCACGUGUGCGGGUGCUGGCAUGUCCAUUCCACA